CAAGGAACCUGCUCCGCCAGAACGCACCACGCGCAUUUAAUGCGGUUGCUCCGUUAAGGCACGUUACACCCACCUAAAACGUCUACUCCGUCAGGCGCACCAUGUCACCAUUAUUGGAUUGACUAGGCCACGUGGGACUAUUUGAAGAAGAACCGACUUGAAGCAGGAACUCAAGGAUAUUCAACAACAACAUUGGCGCCGUCUGUGGGAAACCGAAUAGAAGUCAUCACCAGAAGUUAAGAUGGUACGCACACGAACAACCCAGCGCGAGAGUCCCCCCAGAGGCCAAGGAAGAGGCCAGCCCCCAAGCGUCAACCCCGGGUCACAGAGUGCACCGGUUGCAGCCCCCCAACAUCAGCAGACAGAGGGAGUUGGGGAACAUAAUCCACAAUACCCCAACGCUGUAGCAAGCGACCCUGUGACCGCUCAACUCAAUGCCAUGCAACAACAAUUCGGGGUCUUCCAGCUAGUACUUGCCCAGCUGUUGGCCAGAAAUAACCCCGCUGACCCACUUAUUCACUUAUUGAACCCAGCUCCCCCCGUGGCUCCCCAACCAGUUCAACAGCCUGCCAACUCUCCGGUCCGCAGUGCCGCCCCAAACGCUUCUCAAGCACAAUCUCACAUGCUACCCCAGCCACAAAACCCGCCUCAACCAGCUGCCUCAGAUGUCUCAAAGAGGCUAGAUAACCUCGAAAAGCUGCUAGCCGAGAACAAAGAUCCACAACCGCAGACCCCACCUGUAUCAGCCUCUAUCCCCACUCCCCUCGGUAUCAAAAUCACCCAAGAGCCAUAUCCACCCGGUUUCAGGAUGCCGCAGUUUGAAACAUAUGACGGCACUAAAGACCCUGAUGACCACUUGCAUGCAUUUUUCUCCAUCAUGCAGGCUCAAAAUGCCUCAGACGCACUUAUGUGCAAGAUAAGGUUGAUCAAAAAGACGACACCCGAGCUCAUGCGCAUAACGCAAAGAGAAGACGAAUCCUUGAAGAACUAUAUGAACAGGUUCAACGACGCCAUGCUAGAGGUGAAUGCCUUCGAUGAAGCAGUGGGAGUAACUGCCGUGAUGCAAGGCCUCAACCAUGAUCGGUUUCGGGAUAACUUAAUCAAGAACACCCCAACCACUUUUGACGAAGUCAACCAGAGAUCCCUCAAGUUCAUUAAAGCUGAAGAUAAGGUGUUGCAGGGGGCUGAGCAGAGGUACUCGAUAGCAGAGAAGGCAGCCCUAACAGUUGUUGUUACUGCAAGGAAGUUGAGGCCAUAUUUCCAAUCCCAUCCUAUUAUUGUGAUGACUGAUCAGCCUCUAAGACAAAUUUUGCAGAAACCAGAAUGCUCCGGGAGGCUCAUCAAAUGGGCAGUAGAACUGGGAGAGUUUCAGAUAGCAUUCCAGCAGAGGUCGACAAUCCGAGCUCAAACCUUGGCAAAUUUCGUGGUCGAAUGCACUUCUAAUCAGGUGAAGCCAAAUUCUGAAGUAGAAACAUGGACCCUGUAUGUCGAUGGAUCAUCUAAUAACAAGGGUUCAGGAGCUGGAGCAGUGUUAACUGGACCUGACGGCUUCCGGAGUGAACACGCUUUGAAGUUUAACUUCCAGGCCACAAACAACGUGGCCGAGUAUGAAGCCCUCCUCCUAGGACUACAUCUGGCGGUCGAGCUCAAAGUCAAACGCCUGCAGAUUUACAGUGACUCACAGCUGGUAGUUAACCAAAUCAAUUCUAUGUGCGAAGUCAUUGAUCCCAUCAUGGCGAAAUAUGUGGUCGCAGUCUCCGAGCUGAAAAACCGUUUCGAGAAAUUCCAGCUUACCAAAAUUUCGAGAGCAGAAAAUGAGCAUGCAGAUUCCUUGUCGAAAUUGACAUCUGAGAACUUUGGGGAAGCAAAGUUUGUGUACAUCGAGAUACUGAAUGAACCCAGCUUUCAGACGACGGGGGUAAUGGAGAUUAGCACUGACCUAGAUGCUCCGAGUUGGACAGACCCCAUCCGGGAGUACCUCCUCAAUGGCACCGUCCCGGAGGACAAACAGGAAGAGAUGAAGUUACGAAGAAAAGCCUCUCGGUAUACCCUAGUUUGCGACAUUCUGUACAAGAGAUCCUACUCAUUACCACUCCUCAGAUGCCUGACACCAUAUGAAGCAGAGUAUGCACUAAGAGAAGUACACGAGGGGGUAUGCGGUAAUCACGUGGGAGCCCGAACUCUGGCACAUAAGGUACUCCGGCAAGGGUACUAUUGGCCCAACAUGCAAGAAGACGCAAAGAAGUUCGUGCAGAGGUGCCAGAAAUGCCAGUUCUUCGCCCAUCUCACCCAUCAGCCAGCCGAAGAACUCACCAGCCUGACUGCACCAUGGCUCUUUGCUCAAUGGGGAAUAGACCUUCUGGGCCCCUUCGUCAAAGCAGUAGGGGGAGCAACGCAUUUAGUGGUCGCCGUUGAUUACUUCACCAAAUGGGUAGAAGCCAAACCUCUCUCUUGUCUGACUUCGAGAAGAAUUGAGGAUUUCCUCUUCACCUCGGUCAUCUGCAGACAUGGGAUACCAAACCAGAUCAUCGCUGAUAACGGCCCCCAAUUCAAUUGUACCUCCUUCAAGGACUUCUGCUCCAGCUACGGGAUUAAGUUGGUGUUCACCUCCGUCUAUCAUCCCGAGGCCAACGGAAUGGUUGAAUCAGUCAACAAAGCUAUCUUGGAAGGAAUCAAGCCGAGAUUAGAUCAGCUGAAAACAAAGUGGGUAGAUGAACUCAACAACGUCUUGUGGGCUUACCGGACAACAAGCCGAACUGCCACAGGCGAAAUGCCCUACCACUUAGCCUUCGGCACCGAGGCAGUCAUUCCUGUCGAAAUUGGUGUCCCAAGCCUAAGAAUCAGCCACUUUGAACUAGCUCAAAACGAGCGCCUACUAAGGGAAAUCCUUGAUCUCCUAGACGAAGUUCGAGAGCAAUCCCGACUUUGGACUCUCGCAUACAAACAAAGAAUAGCCAACCUUUACAAUAAACGAGUUCGACCUCGAAACUUCAGAGUCGGUGACCUCGUCCUCAGAAAGGCUGGGCUCACAGGGUUCGAGACCCGAUAUGGCAAACUAGCACCAAACUGGGAAGGCCCUUACAUUGUAACCGAGGUCCCGCACCCCGGGGCAUACAUUCUCCAGGAUGCCGAGGGCAACAGGGUGCCUAGAGUUUGGAACGUCAACAACCUUAAAAAAUUCCAUCCUUGAAAGUCCCUUUCUUUAUUCUAAGUUAGGAGUCUUUUUGUAAAUAACAUUCCAAUACAACU